ACCGACAAGAGUCACUUUAAAAAUAACAGAACAAUUUUCAACAUUUGAACAUUUCGGUUGAGAGGUCAUGUUCACUCAGACCAACCUGAACCAGGUUCUAAGUUAACCAAAAAUGCCAUCAUCCUUCACCUUUAUUUCCCAUUUGCUCCUCCACCAACCAACUUCUCUUCUCUUCUCUUCUGGCAGAACCAGUCAAAACCACAACCAAGUGCUUUCUCGCAAAACCCAAUUGGUGAAUCUGUAAGCUUGCUGUUUACUUUGCUCGUUUGCUUGUUUUCGGCUCUCUUCAAGUUACCAAUUUUUGUUCUUGGUUUGUGAUGUAGCUGAUCAUGUAUUGCUGGGAUUCUUCUUCAUCUGGGUUUGUUUGGUAAAUGAUGGAGAUAGUGAGAAACGUUAAUUUGGACUUGUUUGUUCAAUUCAGGAUUUUCUACAAAAGGGUUUUGAAUUUUGGUAAUGAGAUGAUGAGGGGUCAUGGUAAAAUCUGGGGUUUUCAAACAAUCAAUGGACUAGUUGCAAUUGGCUCAUUGGUGUCCUUUGUUGUUGCCAUGUCAUGUGCAUUUUUGUAUUUGUUUCCCAGGGUUCCCCCAGUGGUUCAUAGCUAUGGAAUUUCUAAUUCCACUACUUCUGUUGAAAAAUGUAAUGUUUUUGAAGGAAGAUGGAUUCCAGAUGAAAGUUACCCUUUGUACAAUGCCUCACAAUGUCCAUUUGCAGAAAUUGGAUUUAAUUGCUUGGCUAAUGGGCGGAAAGAUAGGGGUUAUGCUAAAUGGAGGUGGAAGCCAAAGAAUUGUGAUAUUCCUAGGUUUGAUGUGCGUGCAGUUCUUGAAACACUUCGUGGGAAACGGAUUGUUUUUGUUGGUGACUCUUUAGGUAGAACACAGUGGGAAUCUUUGAUAUGUUUACUCAUGACAGGGGUGGAGGAUAAGACUAGUGUUUAUGAAGUGAAUGGGAAUAAAAUCACUAAGCGGAUUAGAUUUUUAGCCGUUCGGUUUAGUUCGUUUGAUCUCAGAAUUGACUUUUAUCGGUCGGUUUUCCUAGUGCAGCCGGCUUCAGCUCCAAACCGAGCACCAAAGAGGGUUAAGUCAACGCUCAGAGUUGACAAAUUGGAUGAAAUUAGCAAAGAAUGGAUUGAUUCUGAUAUUUUGGUUUUCAAUUCAGGGCACUGGUGGACACCAAGUAAACUUUUUGAAAUGGGCUGCUAUUUUCAAGAGGGUAAAUCACUGAAGCUUGGAAUGCCAAUCACCACUGCCUUCAAGACAGCUUUAAACACUUGGGCAUCUUGGGCUGAGACAAUGAUCAAUACAAACAGAACAAGUAUAUUUUUCAGGAGUUUUGAGACAUCCCAUUGGAGUGGCCGUAACCGUAAUUCAUGCAAAGUGACUCGACAUCCUUUGUCAAGCCCUAAGGGAAGGGACCAAAGCUCAAUUUCAAACAUCAUUAUCAAGAUUGUGAGGAAAAUGACCGUCCCUGUAACUGUUCUGCAUGUUACACCUAUGGUAGCAUUCCGAAGUGAUGGCCAUGUGGGUACUUGGAGCGAUAAUCCAUCAGUGCCUGAUUGUAGCCAUUGGUGCCUACCUGGUGUACCUGAUAUGUGGAAUGAAAUUCUCUUGUCAUAUCUGCUACCCGGGAAUGAUGUUUCCCUUCAAUGACGGGGUUUUGCGAUUAUGCUUCCUUUUUUGCUGCUUGCAUCAACGAGUACCUCUAGUUUCACCCUGUUUUUCAGAAAAUGCAUGAAGGAAAAAGAGAUAUCCUGGCUUCAUAAUCUGAACUUGACCGUUCAGAAAAUUCGUCUACACAUUUAUCAUUUGUUGUACAAUUGUUUCUCCACCGGCAGUUGGUGUAAGAACCAGAGUUCAAGUCUAAUGGAACUUGAGAUGAAGCUGCUUUGCUGUAAUAUAAUUGUUCACGAGGUGUAGUGUGUAGUUAGGAUUACAAGUUGUAAUUUGUAUGAAAACAAGUUCUUAUACAGGCCAUUUGUGAAAGCAUUACUUUAAAUUGAAAUACAUGUUUCUAUGCAUCAGCCGA